AUGAUUAUAAUCACGACAAUCGGCAAUAAUGCCGUAUCCUCCGUGCUCAGGGGCCGUGUUGUAGACACGCCCUUUGCAGGCUUUUAUUUACAAACAAUUAUCAAUUUUGGGGCUCAUCUGAAUAUAGGGGCCUUCGUUUGCUCGAGUCUCCUUACAAAUCAAUGCAUUUAGUUCCACCACAUUCGUAUUCCACACAACUGAUCGUUCCGAAGAUAUGAAUGCACCCAAAACAAACCAUGCUGAUUGUGUCAGAAUGUUAAAGUCUACAAUUCCGAUAUAAACUGAGUGUUUUUGGGGCUCAAGCUUCAUUUGAGGAUCGCUUUUUAAACUACAACCACGCUGGAACUAAUGGAACUGGAAAACAUUGUGGCCAACACAGUCUAUCUGAAGGCAAGGGAAGGUGGAUCUGAUAAUAAUAAGGGAAAAAGUAAAAAGUGGAAGAAAAUCCUGCAAUUUCCUCAUAUAUCCCAAUGUCUGGAACUAGUUAGUAAAAUAGAUUUUAAGUAUGAAUAUGUUGUGGAACAACAGCCUAUUGGCAAGACGCUGUUCGGCCAGUGGUGUGAGCUGAAAGGUACACAGUAUCACUGCUUCUUCUUGCUUCUCGAUGUUGAAAUCGAGUCGGAUGACCAGCGACACGAUCUAGUUUCCGUAAUUAAGCAAGGCUUGCAGCAAUUCCGUGAUCUUCCUCCACAGAAAACCUCAGCCUUAUUUCCUGAUACUGAUAAGCUGUUUCUGGAAGGAGAACAAUUGGAAAAUGGCCCUGGCAAAGACCUUUUCCACACUUCCAUUCAGGCAGUAAGAACGUAUCUAGCAGGGGAACCUUUUGAAGAAUUCACUAAAUCCAUGUACUUUCAUCGCUACUUGCAAUGGAAGUGGCUCGAAUCUCAGCCGGUUACGCACAAGACUUUUAGAAUGUACCGCGUGUUGGGCAAAGGCGGUUUUGGGGAAGUUUGCGCCUGCCAGGUGCGGGCGACUGGCAAAAUGUACGCUUGCAAAAAGCUGGAAAAGAAGCGCAUAAAAAAGCGCAAAGGUGAAGCCAUGGUGCUGAUUGAAAAACAGAUUCUGGAGAAGAUCAACUCACGAUUUGUCGUCAAUCUUACCUACGCAUAUGAGACGAAAGACGCUUUGUGUUUGGUGUUAACUAUUAUGAGCGGGGGCGAUUUGAAAUUUCACAUCUACAAUAUGGGAGGCGAGCCAGGCCUGGAUAUUAACCGAACUCGAUUCUACGCUGCUGAGGUGGUUUGUGGAGUGGAACACUUGCAUAGGCAGGGGAUUGUAUACCGAGACUGUAAGCCGGAGAACAUUCUGUUGGAUGAUAAUGGUCAUGUACGCAUUUCAGACCUGGGAUUAGCCAUCGUCUUGCCAGAAGGAGAGUCGGUGCGCGGUAGAGUUGGCACUGUAGGCUAUAUGGCUCCGGAAGUAAUCGACAAUGAGCGCUACAGUUUCAGUCCUGAUUGGUUUAGCUUUGGCUGCUUGGUCUAUGAAAUGAUCGAGGGGCAGGCUCCUUUCAGGGCCCGCAGAGAGAAAGUGAAACGCGAAGAAGUCGACAGGAGAGUGAAAGUGGAGCCAGAAAGAUACUCAAAUAAAUUCACCGAAGACUCAAAAUCAUUUUGCCAACAAUUGCUUACCAAAAACGCCACAGAUCGACUGGGCGGUAAAGCGGAUCGCCACGGCGCUUUGCAGGUCAAACAACACGCAUUUUUCCAGACCAUCAACUGGAGACGGCUGGAGGCAGGAAUCAUUGAUCCACCCUUUGUGCCAGAUCCUCAUGCGGUUUACGCGAAGGACGUCCUUGAUAUAGAGCAGUUUUCCACGGUGAAAGGUGUUAAUAUUGACGAGAGUGAUUCGUCGUUCUACUCGAAAUUCAACACGGGGUGCGUCUCAAUCCCGUGGCAAACAGAGAUUAUUGAGACAGAUUGUUACCGCCAAUUGAAUGUGUUUGGACCCAACAAUACCAGAUCUCCAGAUCUGGUUCUCGAACCGGCACCUCAAGCUAAGAGCGGCGAUUGUUUCCCAUUCCGGCGGAAGAAAAAGCAAAUUCCUCGAAAUCAGCCAGUACCUAUCAAUUCGUCAUUACUAUCCUCAGUGUCAUAGACUUUCUUUUCUCAUGAUUGUGUAAUCAUAGUGCUUUUAAUUUGUGUAGUUCCUUUGUUCAUCAUUGUCUUUCUAUCUAAGCCACCAAUAAAUUUGUACAUAAAAACGUG